AUGGCGUCCAACUCAGACCAACCGGCCCAGGAGCCACUCCAGGCCAACGGUGACCGCGUCGAUGAGUCGGCACCGCUGCUGGGCCAGCCGGGCGACGUCUUGCAGAGACCGGGACAGAGCAUCGUGUCCAACCUGUACACAGGCACUGCGUGGCUCGCCCAGGCCGGCGCCCUCUUGCUCGUUCUCCUCGUCUGGACGGGUGUGUUCCGGCAUCCGCCACUGCUCCCGCUCUUCUCGCCCCACCCCCUCCUCCAGUCCGUCGGCGUCUUUGUCGUCGUCCAGGCCAUUCUGGUUCUGCAGCCGACGGCCACGCCCGGCGACAAGACCCGCGGCGCGCAUGCACACGCCGCGCUGCAGCUGCUGUCGUCUCUCAUCUUCAUCGGCGGCGUCGUCGUCAUUGAGACGAACAAGGUCCGCUCGCAUGGCGUGCACUUUCACUCGGCGCACGGCUACCUGGGCGUGCUGACGGCUGUCGUUCUGGUGAGCCAGUACGUGUUUGGGUUCGUGGUGUGGCUGGCGCCCGCCUUCCUCUUUGGCAGCGGCCCGGACCGCGUCGACCGUGCCAAGGCCCUGUGGAAGCACCACCGGCGGUCUGGCUACGCGGUGGUGCUGCCGCUGCUGCUGGUGACGGUUGCGACGGCGACGGCGACCGACUACAACGUCAACGUUCUGGACAUUCGGCUCUGGGCGGUUCUUGUGGCCGUCGGGCUGGUUGUGGUGGGUGUCUACCCGCGCAUUCACAUCCGCAAGCUGAACGGGUAG